AUGGAGUACAAAAGGCGCUCGCAGCUAAGACCACUUCUUUGGGAUAGCACCAUCCAGUUGCCUAUAGAACAAGUCUACACAAGACUGAAAAUCGUUUCAAGAGGAAAAUCGGCCAUCCAAAUAAAAGACGACGAGGUAAAUGUGUUCGACAUUUUCAAAGUUCCUGGCAUUGGUGAGGAUGUUAUGACGAUAGUAGAGGGAAGUCCAGGAAUUGGUAAAACUACGUUUUGCCUAAAACUUGCUUAUGACUGGGCUCAUGGAAAUAUUCCAUUUGAAUUCGUGUUUCUUCUUAAAUGUCGUGACAUUGAUGGAGAUAUAAUGGAAGCUAUCAGUGAACAACUUCUGCCCAGAGAUAUGGAGAAGUCUGUAGAGAAGUUGUUGCACUUGAUGAAGGACAUUCGUAACCAGGAGAAACUGAUGUUAAUCAUUUUGGAUGGAUUGGAUGAGCUACCUGAAAAAUCACGGCACCAUGUAGAUGAGCUGCUUCAAAGAAGAAUUUUAGCCUUUUGCUAUGUCUUGGCUACGACACGACAAGAAAGAGGAAUCGAAGUUCGGAAAAGCGCUGUCUUUGACAUUCACUUGGAAAUCAAAGGGUACACGGAAAGUGACUCUAUUGCUUACAUUAGAAGACACUUUGAAACCAUUGAUCAGUCACCAAAGGGUGAGAAGCUCAUUGAGGAAAUGCAACAGAACACCUUUUUACAUGCACUUCGAAAUAACCCACUAAAUUUACUUCUCCUUUGUGUUGUUUAUGAGGACUACGAGGGAAAAUUGCCGACUUCCCGGACGGAACUUUACCAAGUCAUUGUGCAAUGCCUUUUGAAACGAUACUGCGCCAAACGCAACCAACCGGCCCUUAGGAAUGACAUCGCCUUAGAGAGAAAAUUUGAAAAGGAAAUUCUUGCCCUUGGAGAGCUGGCUUGGUUAUGCCUGCUGAGUGAUCGUUAUGGUUUCCGCGAAUCUGAAUUGGAUGAGUUUGAAGGUAGAUACCCGGGAUUGGUAGCACGUGAGCUAGGCCUUCUUUACAAGGAAGAAAGUUUAAAGAGAUUAAAGCCUGAACAUGAGUACUGCUUCCUUCACAAGACCUUCCAUCUCAUGCACCGACGGCGCAUAUAG